GGGAUUAAUAAGCGCUGAAAUACACCACUCACUCUAUAUCAUAAAACUAUAAAAGUUCCGUUUAUACAAACAGUUGUUUAGCUAUCCCGUGCGCGUGAGAAUCAAUUGCGCGAGUUCGUUUUCCAUUUAUUAUAUAAUGAAGAAUAUAAGCGAUGUAUUCGACAAUGAACCAACGGCCGACCGCAUUGCUGUUGGAGUAAUCGGAGUCAUUGGAAUAUUCCUAAAUACGGCAACGUUGAUUGUGAUGUUGAAUAAUUUUACAAGAAUAUUCACCAAAGCCGAAGCUUGUUUUGUGACGAAUCUGUGUGUGGCCGAUUUAGCUACGGGUAUCGGUGGACUUCUUUGGGCUAUAUUCCCAAUUUCGUACUACCCUAGAGCACUGGUUCUGGCAUUACAUUGUCUACUAUGGAGUACAAUUUCGGUGUCGUAUCUAACUCUAUCAUGUAUGGCUGUCGAAAGGCUACUCGUUGUGGUAUAUCCUGUUAAAGCGCAACCUAUGGUAAAGAGGCGUUUUGCGUGUGCUUGUUGCGCAGUCGCUUGGGUGAUCUCUAUCGUGACUGGUUCAAUGAUUGCGGUAAAUCCGCGAAUAGCUGAGUGCACAAUGGUAGUAAUGUUUGAAGUGAGUCUGAUCGCGACCAUUGGAUGCUAUAUUCGUAUUUACAUCACUGUGAAUAAACUGGAUCGUGAAGGUUUCCGCACAGCUGCGCGUUACAACAAAAAGAACGCGAACCUUAGAAUUGAAAUCGAAGAGAAUGAGCCGGCACUUCAACACAGAGUCACUGUUCGCCAAGAAUCGCGAAUCACGAACUUGGUUUUUCUGCUAAUCCUUGUACUCGCGGUAACAGUUCUGCCUUAUAUGGUGAUCCUACAAUAUGUACUCGCGCACAGUUUAUCUUGUCCUAAAUGUGAAUGGAAUCCUAGAUUGGUCAUAGCAAUGGACGUUCUCUUUCCCAUCGAGAUGUUGAAUUUUGUAAUAAACCCAAUCGUAUACGCCUGGCGCUUGCCCAAAUUUCGCCAAGCAUCGAAAAGGACCUUCAAUAAGCUCAUUUGUUGCAAGAAGUGGAAGGCGAAUUCUGAAGCGGUUGCGAGGGGAGAUGGUUCGUAUUCUAGUUCAUCGGAUUCGGUGCCUCACAGUCCCGCGACUUUUUUUACCGGCGGAAAUACCGGGGGAGAUGAGGUGUUGAAUAAUAACAAACACUCGUGAAGUUUCCUGUAUAUCACGCAAUGGUAUAUGUGCGUGACUUCACAAGAUGACCGAUCAAAACGAUAUAGAUAUUAAAACACAAUGUGUUGUUUUUGAGGUUUUACAGUCGAUUGACUGGAGCGCGCAAUACGUUUGCUGUACUGCUAGUCUUGAGAAUGAUGAUCGAUUGACAAUGUCAUCUGAGGGAGAAACUGGACACCAUUGUAGGCUAAUGCAUGUAUUUUAAAAGCUCACUCACACUUACACUGUAGAGGUUCAAUCUCCGCUUCCCUUGAGUGUCAGUGCUGUUUUUGAAUAGCUGGAUGGUGAGUAGUCACAUAGUAAGGUACGACACUAACCCUCCAGCUAUUCAAAAACUGCACUGACACUCAAGGGAAGCUCAGAUUGAACCUCCACUCUUUGAGUGUGAGUGAGCUUUUAGAAUACAGGCGUAAGUUACUGAAAUUGAAAAAACUUCCAAUGGACUAUUUUCAACGUAGCUCCGCAUAACAUUGAUAGAAAGGAAAUAAAAACUCUUCCUACUGUGCAGGGUAAUCCUAUUGGCAAUUACAAGGAUUACCUGCAUCCUUUUAAUUGUUUUAUAUUUGAAUAAUGGCGAACACUGUGGGAGGGGGCAAGCCGCAGGGAUAUUUGAAUGAGAGAAAUGCCGAAUAACUGUGUGACAAAGCUGUUUUUCAACUACGAAAACAUCGAUAGGCUGAAAAUGAAUCUAUAUAUUGCAUGAUAUUUAAGGCAAAAAAAGUUGUUACUGAAGAUGGUCAUAAGUUGGCAACCUAAUCCCCCCCCCCCCGCCCCCCUCCCAAUAUUUUGCAAAGUGUCGCCACUGUAUUUGAAUUAGAGCGCGGUAAAACUGGAGUCAUGGCACAGUGUUUUACUGCGCCCUGAUUAUGUUUAUUAUGUUUACGAUAUAUGGCAUGGCAAGCCCUAGUGAUAAUGUCUAGCAAAAGUGAGCCUGUAUUCGAUUAUGCAUCACAAUUUCAGCACCCCAGGGAAUCUAGUAAGUAUGGCCGAUGUUUUUACUCCACUGAAAUUUUUAAUAAUUUCUAUCGGCAUUUUUAAUUCUCAAUUAUUUCAUACAUCUGCGGUAUUUAUGUUAAUUAGUGGCUAUAAUUACAAAUUUCUCGGCGAUUUCUUUUACACAACGUAACUCUGUGCCCAAAAUUGUGUUGCCGUUUGCAGAAAAAAACUGCUUGUAAGUAAAGCAUUAAAUAUAAGUGGCGAAUCCUCGAGUCAAGUUGAACCAUAGUUAAUAGAAAUUUUUAUAUAACUAUGGUUGAACUAACAGUUUAGACAAUAUUUUGUCCUGCGGCUAUGAUUUGUUAUGUCUUGUGCCUUACCAAACAUAUUUGUCAACUGCUCAUUAUGGGUUUAUUUUGUAACCUAAUCCUAAAAACUCUCCCACUAUGCGCAUUGCUUAUUUAUUUGUAUCAGAUAUUUUUGUUUGCGUCUGUUUUGUAAUGGCUUUAUUAUAUGCACAAUAUUAGUUUAUUAUUAUUAGC